CCCUCUGCGGCUCCCUCCCUCACACUCCCCCUCCCUACACACUUCUUGACCUUGGAGCCUCUCCCACCUCUCCCUCCCUUUUCCUCCCUCUUCCUCCCUCCCCCACCCUCUGAUCACCCCACUUCUUCCCCUCCCCUCACACUUCCCUCCCUCCCUUCUCUCCUCUCCUCCCCACUGCCCCUCCCUCCCUCCUGGCCUUCCCUUCCCCCACUUCGCAGACCUCUCUUCCCCCAGGGCCUCCCUCCUCCUCCUCUCCGCCCCCUCCGGGCUCCGGCUCUUCCUGGAGGCUACGACUGCGAGUGGAGCCACUGGCCCCGCCGGGAUCCCUGCGCCCUCGGCCGCCGCGUCCACGUCCCCCUGGCGGUCCUGCCCGGCGCCGCGCGCCUCCUCCCGGCUCGGCCUCCCUCCGCGCGGUGCAGCGCAGUCUCAGGCCGCGGGACAAGCCCGACUGAAAUCCCGGCAAUGGCUAACGAAGGUUAUCCUUGUCCAUGUGACAUUGGCCACAGACUUGAGUAUGGAGGGAUGGGCCGUGAAGUUCAAGUCGAGCACAUCAAGGCUUAUGUCACCAAAUCCCCUGUUGAUGCAGGCAAAGCUGUGAUUGUCAUUCAAGAUAUAUUUGGCUGGCAGUUGCCCAACACCAGAUAUAUGGCUGACAUGAUCUCAGGAAAUGGAUACACAACAAUUGUUCCAGACUUCUUCGUAGGGCAAGAGCCUUGGGACCCCUCUGGCGACUGGUCCAUCUUCCCUGAGUGGCUGAAAACGAGAAAUGCCCGGAAGAUCGAUAGAGAAAUCGAUGCUGUCUUGAAGUACCUGAAACAACAGUGUCACGCCCAGAAAAUUGGCCUCGUGGGAUUCUGCUGGGGUGGAAUUGCUGUCCAUAAUUUGAUGAUGAAAUACUCAGAAUUCAGGGCAGGGGUGUCUGUCUAUGGCAUCGUCAAGGAUUCGGAAGACAUUUACAAUUUAAAGAACCCCACCUUGUUCAUUUUUGCUGAAAAUGAUGCUGUGAUUCCACUCGAGAACGUAUCCUUGCUGACCCAGAAGCUGAAGGAACACUGCAAAGUUGAAUAUCAAAUUAAGACGUUUUCCGGGCAGACUCACGGGUUCGUGCAUCGGAAGAGAGAAGACUGUUCGCCUGCAGACAAGCCCUACAUCGACGAGGCCAGAAGGAAUUUAAUCGAGUGGCUGAACAAGUACAUGUAGCAAGAAUCAAGGGCAAGCCUUCCCAGAAGAGCUUUCACCCCAGACUUCGCUUGGAAAUACUUAGAUCAAUCGAUUUGAUUUCGCCUUUAUAAAAUAAAUGUAGGAAUCCUAAAAUUCAUUAUGUCAUUUGAAACACAAAUUCAUUAGGAAAUAAUGCAUGAAAUAAUUUUUAACAUGUACAUCAAAUCAAAAAAUUUUUUUUUUGAGACGGAGUUUCGCUCUUGUUACCCAGGCUGGAGUGCAAUGGCGCGAUCUCGGCUCACCACAACCUCCGCCUCCUGGGUUCAGGCAAUUCUCCUGCCUCAGCCUCCUGAGUAGCUGGGAUUACAGGCACGCGCCACCAUGCCCAGCUAAUUUUUUGUAUUUUUAGUAGAGACGGGGUUUCACCAUAUUGACCAGGAUGGUCUCGAUCUCUUGACCUCGUGAUCCACUUGCCUCGGCCUCCCAAAAUGCUGGGAUGACAGGUGUGAGCCACCGCGCCCGGCCUCAAAUCAAAAUUUAAAACCAAGUCUGGCUGGGCGCAGUGGCUCAUGCCUGUCAUCCCAGCACUUUGGGAGGCCAAAGCAGGUGGAUUACCUUAGGACAGGAGUUCGAUACCAGCCUGGCUAACAUAGUGAGACCCCCCCCCCCCCCAAUCUCUACAAAAAAAUGCCAAAAUUAGCCUGGUGUGGUGUUGCACUCCUGUAGUCCCAGCUACUUGGGAGACUGAGGCACAAGAAUCAAUAGAACACGGGAGGUAGAGACUGCAGUGAGCUGAGAUUGUGCCGCCACCGCACUCCAGCCUGGGCGACAGAGCGGCCCUGUCUCAAAAGUAAAUGAAUGAAUAAAAAUGAAAAAUUAAAAACCAAGACAGUACCUGGAGAAUUUGAAUGAUAGAGUAAUACCCUAAUUAUUAGUUAAAACCUACAGGUUGGGCGCGGUGGCUCACACCUUUAAUCCUAGCAGUUUGGGAGGCCGAGGCAGGUGGAUCACUUGAGGUCAGGGGUUUGAGACCAGCCUGGCCAACAUGGUGAAACCCUGUCUCUACUAAAAAUACAAAAAUUAGCCAAGCGUGGUGGCGUGCUCCUGUAAUCCCAACUACACAGGAGGCUGAGGCAGGGGAAUCACUCAAACCUGGGAGGCGGAGGUUGCAGUGAGUGGAUAUUGCGCCGCUGUACUCCAGCCUGGGCAACAGGGAGACUGUAUCUCAAACAAAACAAAACAAAACAAAACACACAAAACACAAAACCUACAUCUGUUCAAGGACCAGCUGACAGGUCAAGUGUGGGCUUUUCUGGUCUUUGAACACAUCGUAUAAAAUGACAAGGGCUGCAAAGCCGUGCAGAACAGGAACUGUAAACUGGGGCAGGCGAACUCAUCAUGUCACAAGACGGGAAUGUGUCACAUUCAUAGGUUGCAAUAUGGGAAGUAUUGAUAUCAAAACAGGAUUCCAUUUACCUCAUUGUAUUAAACUAAUAAACUAAUUUUUCAAAUUUU